AUGCCUCUUUUGAAUGUUAAUGAUAAUACCUUCUUCUUCUUCUUCUUCUUCUUCCUCUUCUUCUUCUUCUUCACCUUUUCUUCUUCUUCUUCCUUUUCUCUCCUUUUCCUUCAUUUAACUUUUCUUCUUUUUUCCUCUUCUUCGUUUUCUUUCUUUCCUUUUUUCUUCUUCGUCCUUUUCUUUCUUUCUUACUUCUUAAUCUCGAUUUUCUCUCUUCUUUUCUUUUCCUUCUUCUUCCUUUUUUUAAUCUACUUCUUUCUUUCUUUCUGUUUUUGUAACUUUAUCCUCCUCUUCUUUCUUUCUACCUUUUCUUUCUUCUUCCUUCCUUUCCUUCUUUCUUCAUUUCUCUCUUCUUCCUUUUCUUCUUUUUCGUUUUCAUUCUUUUUCCUUUUGAUUCUUCUCCGUUUUCUUAUUUAUUUAUUUCUGUUUAAUCCUUUUUCUUUCCUCUUUUCUUUUUUUUUUUUUUGUUCAUUUUUUUCUCUUAUUUUUUUUUUAUUUUUUUCAUUUUAUUCUUUUCAUUUCUUUUUCUUCCCAUCUUCCUCUUCUUCUUUCUUGAAAAAUUUUUUUUCUUUCUUUUUUCUUUACUUCUUCUUUUUCUUCUUCUUCCAUCCUUUCUUUCUCUCUUUCCUCAUUAAAAAAAGACAAUUUUUAUUUUUUCCUUCUUUCUUUAUAUUCUUAACAGAUUUUUUAAAAAUUUUCUUCUUCUUUUAA